AUGGAAGACGGAGGAAUCGCAGAGGACGACGGCUUCAGCGCACAUGACCUUUUCAACCACCGCGCCAACGGCCCAUCCUCGUACGAGUACGACGACGUCGUAUUCCUCCCACCACCUCUCUCCUCAUCCGCCGCCGCCGCCGUCUCCAUCGCCGCCGCCGUAUCCCGCAACGUCCCCAUCUCGUUCCCCUUCGUCGUCGUCGUCGGCCGUUCCACCGAGCUGAUACGCUCCCUGAAAUCCCUCCGCCGCCCCGAGAAUCCCGCGCGGCGGAUGGUCGCGGCGGCGAUUGGGACGGAGGACGAGGCAGCGGAGAAUCGGCUGGAGGAGUUGGUGGAAGCGGGCGCUGACGUGGUUGUUCUGGACGGCGGCGACACUCGGCGGCAGAUUGAGAUGAUUAAUUACGUGAAGCGGAAGUAUCCCGAUUUAGACGUGGUUGCCGGUGGGGACGUGUUGCAGGCAAGUGCGGUGUACAAAGUGGCUGCCGUAGCAGCGCAAAGUGGCAUCCCAGUAAUGGCAGAUGGGGUGGACAUAUCCAAGCCAGGCCACGUGGCGAAGGCUCUGCUUCUAGGGGCGUCUUCUGUACUGAUCAAGAGCAGAGCCACUGGUGGUACUGAUCAUGAAGCAGAUGAUCAAGUGGUGGAGAAUCAGGAGGAGUUGAUGCUCGCCGCCAUGGAAGUGGUGAAGCGAAGCCUGCGAUGGCUGGGCGCCUCGUCGUUGCAAUCGGCGCAUCAGCGGCUGCACUCGCAGGAUCUGAGGCUGGAGUUGGUCACGCUCGACACGCAGAGAAAGGAAGAGUUGAUGAGGUUAAAAGCAUCAGCAUUUUGA